GGGGCAAAAGCAAAGGGCAAAAGCCAGACAAAAGAAAGGUAAAAGUGGGAAAAAGUGAACCUGCGCACCAGGACCAUGUACAUAUCCAAUCAAGACUACUAGAACAUAACGCUAGCAGAACUAUUUAGAAAAGAUAAUGCAGUACUUACGGAUAAACAUUUCGGAGACCUGUCGGUCGUAUCUCGGAGUACUAUUGUUCUUUUUGAAUUUCAGCAUCAUGGUGAUAGCGCAUGCCAAUGGAGCCAUGGGCCUGUUCGUGAAACAGGAAGCCUCCUCCUUCGGUAACUUCCUUGCGUUUUACAACACAAAUUCACUUUUUAAGCUUCUCCUUUGUUUGUCCUUGCUAUUCCUUGUGUUCCACCUCAUAGGUGCCAAAAUAUGUUAUGACAGCGCUUUCUACGAGACCAGGGAGCGGUUCCACUCUGUGCUGUUCUACUGGCUUCUGGCCGGAUGUGCGCUGGUGCCGCUGACUGUAGCCGCCAUAAUCGUGCUGACGGCACACCAGAGCAUGGUCGUACACGGCAUCGCACUGGGAUUUAGACAGGCGAUGAAAAAAUAUAAGAUUGACACCCCGAUGAGGGAGUACAUCAACCGUCUACAGAUAGAGAAUCAGUGCUGCGGGGCUACGUCCAUCUCUGAUUGGUUCAAGGUUAGCUGGGUGGACACCAGCAACGCAGCGCCCAUCAACCGGCUGGCCAACAGCCACUACAUGGAAGCCAAUGGGGAGUUUCUGCCGCGCUGGGCACCGUUCAGCUGCUGUCGACAGGAUUUCAUCGGGGCACCGUGCGAAUCUGUGUCGCUCUUCUUCCGUCCCAAGAAAAACGAAGACUGGGUGAAAAAGUCGAAAAUAUAUUCAAUCGACUACUUGUCUGAGUACGAAAAGUAUGCAGCCAUUUUCAAAAGGGUAGCUUCUGCUUUGAAGAAGCCUCCCCAGGAUAUCGUGAGGCGCGGCCAGGCCAUCGUGCAGAGCCGACACGCCAACUUCGACACCUUCCUGCGCGAGGUGACCGGUCAUAGUGACGUCACGCCGCCGCCGCCGGCCACAUCCAAUCAGCGCUCGCCGCCGGCUAACGGGCGGAUGGACGCGGCGCGGGCUAUCUUCGAGGCGCAGGGGGUGCGGGCGCACAGCUUCCCACCGGAGCUGUUCAGACACCUCGGGAAGCCGCCCUGGCGGGGCCGCAUGGUUUGGUCGUAUGACAACAUCACCACGGCAGAGAGUGACAACCUCGACCAGCUGCUGCGGACGGACGGGCGGGAGGAGGACAGCACUAUGGGGCUGCUCCGGUGGCGCUCCUUCAACCAGGGCGGCUGCGCCGAGCCCAUCGGACGCAUGGCUCAGCUGGCCAUGAGAGCCGCCGCCUUCCUAUUCAUCUACGUGCUAGUUGCCCAGAUCCUGAUCCUGGUGAUGACGAGGUAUCUACAGACGUCUAUAGACACUGCCUAUCGCUGGGGUAACCCGCUGCUCUCCGCUCCGGGGUUCCUCUUCAACACCUCACUGCCUCCCAGACCCGACGACUUCGAGAGCCUCCUGCGGGAAGAGCGGGUGGUCUCGAGCCUGCUGGACCUGGUGGAGAGCGACACGGACCUGCUGGACGUCCAGGACGAGUUCGCGGACAUGAUGUACGUCGGGAGCGACACCACCGUCACGACGGACGACGGCUCCGACAGCUGGCGCUCCGACGACGACGGCACGCUCUCUCCCGAGGAGGAAGAUGCUUCUGAGCAGACCCACUGGGAGGAGGAUGAAACCAAGCCGCUGCUGAGACGAUCUAAGAGUCAGGUGCCCGUUCUUCAAUCAACUGAUGGGCUUCAAAGGGCUCUUGAAGGUCACAAAAACCAGCUGGAAGAUCAAGAGCCUCCGCGCGAAGGACUUAUAGGCGAUCAGGGGUCCCAGUCGGCCAUUAGUGAUAAACCGUUACACGAAAAUGGCUUCAGGGAUGACGGUAACGGCGAAGACAGUCCUGAUGACGAAGAUACUUAUGACGACGAAGGAGACCCAGAUGACGAUGGUGACAGCUCUGAUUAUGAUGUCAGAGGUGCAUAUGAUGGUGGAGAUGAUUACGAUGUUCAAAGAGAAUACGCUGGCAUGGAUAAAGAUGAAAACUACGAUGCCGGCGAUGACUACGACGAUAGAGAUAAUUACGGCAAUGAAGAUGACCGACCAGAUGACACCGACGAAGGAGGCUUCUUCACUAGAAUUGGUCGCUUCUUCAGAAGAGGCACGAGUAGUCAUGACCGCGAAGACGACGACGAUGACGAUAGUGGCCACGCUGACGACAGUGAUGAGACCAGAGACGCAGAAAGGAGGCAUUCAGAAUCAGAAGCUCCAGACUGGGGGAGCGAGGGUGACGGAGAUGCCAACCGUCAUGCUGACCGCUCUGCCCCAGACGACGCAAGCAGCUGGAGUGGCACUGAUUGGUCGGGAGCUGGACUUGGGGGUGCAAUGUCGGGACUAAAGGGUGCGAUGUCGGGACUCGGCGGUGCCAUGUCGGGAAUAAAGCUUUCGGGACUCGGGGGCGCACUAUCGCGACGCAGCAGCGGUGGCGAUGACGGCGACAGUGGCGGUGGACAUGGUGACAGGGAAGACAAGUCUCAUGAAGACCACGGCGAACACCACGCAGAGAGGGGUGGUGAGCACGGUGCCUCUAAGACUGGCCUCCACGGCAGGGAGAAGAGAGAUGGAAAGAAAACAGGAAGCUCUAUGGACACGAAACAUGACAAGACGAGGAAAAUGAAGGAGCAUACCGGUGACGAUGCAGAGCAAGAUGACAAGCACAAACUCAGGAAGGACAAAAGUCAUCUAUCGCAACAUGAAAGUGACGCUAAAGAGGAGGAUUCCAAACACAGAAAGAAAGAUCAGCAUGAUCCGUCGGCCAAGCAUGAUAAACAUGACAUUGAAACCGAAGACAAGCAUCAUAAAGAUAAACACCAUAAAGACAAAACACAUAAGCAUGAGGACGACAUCCAUGAUAACAAGAAAGAUAGAAGCAAGGACCAGAAAAACAAAUAUCACGAAAAAGAUCACGACUCAUCUGAACACGGGAAGCAUGACAGAAAGAAGAGUCGCCAUGAAGAAGAUGUCAAGACUCACCAGGAAAAAAGAAAACACAAAGAAAAAAGUCCGAGGAAGAAACACGAAGAAGAAAAACAUCAUGACGAAUCUAGGCAGUCGAAGCGAGAACAUUCACAAGACAAAGGUGAAGAACAUGCUACGAACAAAAAGCACCAUGAAACGAAACAUGGAAAAUCAAAAGGAGAACAUUCUCCAGAUGAAGGCGACAAACAUUCCAAUAAAGAGCAUCACGGCACGAAGCAUGACAAAUCAAAGAGAGGUCAUUCACAGGAUAAAGGUGGCCACCAUGAUGACGAAAAGAAACACCACAAGGCAAAGCAUGAAUCUCAUAAGCACGAUCAAAAGAAGGAACACCAUGAGUCGAAGCAUGAAUCUCAUAAGCACAAUGACAAGGAGGAACACCAUGAGACCACGCAUGGAUCUCACAAACGGACGAAACGAAGUUUAAAAGAUAAGUCAGAUAAAACUCAUGAUGCACAUUCCAAACAGGGACACGAGUCGAGAAAGGACAGACAUGAGAAACAGUCUCAUCGAAAGCCUGAACAUGACAAAAAGAAAACGUCUCGCGGGCGGGACGAUAAACAUUCAAACAAAAAGCACCACAAGUCAAAAGACUCAUCGGCAUCUUCCAAGCGUAGCUCAAAGAAAGGGAAAAGUCACGAUCGUUCGAGAGGUAGCAAAGAAAAGCAUGAUCAUAAAUCUAAGAAGAGCAAAGACUCGAGAAGUAAAUCAUCUAAGCGUCAUCAGUCUAAAGAGGGUCGAGAAAAAUCUCAUAAAUCUAAGAGAACAGCAGAUAACCAUCAUCAUUCAGACAGCUCACAUCAUAAGAAAGGCUCCAAAAGCAAGUCACCGAGGUCCCACUCUUCCAAAAAGAGUCGCAGCCAUUCCCCUCGCUCCAAACACGCCUCUGGGAAGGAUCGGUCAAAGAAUCGCAGCAAAUCUCACAGAUCAUCUAGCUCCAAGCACUCCUCACGCGACAAACACCACAGUUCCAAGGACAGCCAUAAGAAGAGCAGAGACAAAUCUCACCACAAGGACCGCCACCGCAGCCGGGACAAACAUCACGGAAAGCACAAAGACAGGAGCAGCAGCAGUCGCCGGCACCGCGGUCACAAGUCGAGCCGACGUGACCGCAGCGGGUCAAGCAGGUCGUCGAGAUCGAAGCGCGGUCGCCGCCACGGUCACCACGGCCACAGUAGCAGAUCCAGGCGCAGCAAGCACCACAGCCGCUCCCGGGGCAGAUCGAAGCACAAGAGCCGCGGACGGUCAAAGUGGAGGAAAAAGAAGCGGCGCCAUUAGAAUUGUACGUUACUGGCCUCUGGUAGCGCCGGCCGUGUGUGCUGAUCAGUCUGUUCGUCUCUUCGUGUGUGUCUGUCCGUUCGGUCGAUCCGUGUGUGUUUGUUGUAAUUCUAUAUUGUGUCUGUAUAAAUAUGUUAUUAUG